AAUACACAUUUAUGCUUUUAUUUCUUAUGUCGGUUUUGGUCCUCCAUACCUGCCAACCUCUGAAUAUGUAGAGAGAAAAUUAUUACCUUUAAUCAUUCACACUUUUUUUUAACCCGGGUCUUCACACAGAACGAGCAAUAAUGCAACAAUGCGACAUUGAUUAUUUGACAACUGAAAAUUAAACCGCAACCUUAGAUUAACACAUCUGACAAUAGAAGACAGAUAUUAAUAAUUUACCUAGGAAACAACCUGCAUGGCCACCGGAGGGCGCCGUGCACCUUAGUGAGCAGCCCGUGAAGCUGAAGAAGAGGAGGAAGAGGAAGAGUAUGGCGGAUGGCGGAGGGAAGCCGCUGCAGAGCGCCAUGAAGAUGGCCAAGCAGGCGAUCCAGCUGGAGGGGGCAGACAGGCAGCAGGAAGCUUACUGCCAAUACCUGCGAACGAUCAACUACAUAUCACACAUUCUUCUGCAAGAAGAGACGCAGGGCGAGGUGGAGAGGAUGCUGCGGGUGGCGGAGCAGUGUCUGGACCGAGCCAAGUCCUUCAUAGGGAAGCGCUAUGUCCAUCCUGUCAACCCUGUCCUCCACAACGCCUCCUGUUCUUCAGCUGACCAAUCAGAAGCUGAGCCUGGUCCUAAGGCUGGAGACAGCACCUCUGGUGCUGAGGGACAGGUUGAUGCUUCGUCCCCGUUCGGUCUGUCAGAUGAUGGUGGACAGCCGUCCUCUUUCCCUCCUCCUGAUGUCUUCCAGAGACAACAGACUGAAGCUUCACACGACUGCAGGAGGAAGACACUGACCCCGGUGGAGGAAGCGUCCCGGCAGAACCAGAAGCUCCAGGCAUCCUAUGAGGCUCGUGUUGCCCGGCUGGCUCCGGGUCAGGCGUCCCAGAAAACCUCCUUGACACUUUCUCUGCAGCGGCAGAUGAUGGAAAAUCUGAUCAUCGCCAGAGCCAGACAGGACGCCCUGCAGAGGAAGGUGGAGGAGAGGAGGCAGAGGCUGCAGGACGAAGCUAACAGGAGGUUUGCUGCCUCUGGAGCACUGACUGCAGAGGAGCAGGAGCAGCGGCUCCUCUACGCCCGGGUUCUGGAGUACGAACUGGACCAUGACUGGCCCAAACAGUGGAGAACCAACAUCAAGAAGAACCCGGACGCCUCGCUGGUUCUGGAUCUGCUCUCCUACCUGCUCAGGUCUGAUCAUCCACUGGUGGAGCUGCUGAGGAAACAUCAGUUCAGGAUCUACAACCAGCUGUACCCCAUCAUCACCCAGAGUCUUCCUCAGAGUCUUCCUCAGAGUCUUCCUCAGAGUCUUCCUCAGAGUCUUCCUCAGAGCCCCGCCCUGCCGCUCAGGUCUUCUCGCAGCAACCACGUCCGUCUCUCUCCAGAGCGAAACCCGACCAGAACCAGCAGCUCACUGGACAGCGAGGACGCGGCGCAGCGGGACGACUCCUUCGAGGACCUGGAGCACUUCCUGUCCCAACUGGACUCCGCCCCCCGCGGCGGCCUGCAGGCGGAGCUGACCUUCGACCCCUCUGUUGAACUAGAGCAGCUGGAGCUCAGAGCUCUAAAAGAACACCUGAAGGCCAUCGUCAGAGACGUCCACGGAGCCAUCGAUCAGCUGCUGUCGCUCUGCCUGCUCUCCUUCGACUGCCUGAACACGGCGGCCUAUAAGGACCUGAGUCUGGGCUGCAUCGAGGAGGCCUUCUUCACGCCACUGUGGAGCCCCCUGCUGGCUCUCUUCAGGCGAGUCCUCAGGGAGCGAGAGCAGCUCUUCCAGAGGAACAUGACGCUGUACUGCAGCACCUCGCCAGCAGAGGUCGGCGUUCCCCUCAAACUGUUCCCUCAGGACCCCGGCACGCUCCAAGGUUCCUACCCCUACGAGGUCGCGGUGCAGGAGCUGAAGCUGCUGGUGGAGGACCGCUGCCCUCAGAGGAAGCUGGACUGCGUAGUGCGGACGCUGCGGCUGAUCUGCGGCUGCGCCGAGGAUUACCGGAACCAGCAGGGGGGCGGAGCCUCCCGGGCCGCCGCCAUCGGCGCCGAUGACCUGCUGCCCAUCCUGUCCUUCGUUUUGCUGCGCUGCCAGUGUCCCCAGCUGCUGUCGGAGUGCGCCGCCCUGGAGGAGUUCAUCCAUGAGAGCUUCCUGAUUGGUGAGGAGGGUUACUGUCUCACCUCCCUGCAGAGCGCUCUGGCCUACGUUGAGUCUCUGCCAGCAAGAGCUGACCUUGCUGACCCCGAGUAAUGCCCCCGACCUGCAGCCUCUGAUUGGCCAGAAGGAGAUGAGGUCGUGACCUUUGCUCUGAAGGCUCCUGGAUAUCAGGAAGGAUUUACUGCUGGCUGUUCUGAGCAUGUUCAGUAGGGGCUGAGAAACAGGAAGCACUGCAGCAGUUACUUUCCAGUUGUGGACCGGGGGAGGGGCUUUCUUCUACUUUUCCAGGUUGUUCCUCAUCUUCCUCAAUCUUCAUCGUUUUCUGACAGCUCUCGGCCUCCCAGCCAAUCAGAAGACUCCAGGCGUCAACUGGUUUUUCUGCCCCCUGCAGGACGUUUCAAUAAUUUCUCUGUAAACAUGAUCAGUGCUGUUCCUCCUCUCUGCAACACCUGGUUGGUGGGCGGAGCCUGAACCGGAGAGAAACACCUGGUUGGUGGGCGGAGCCUGAACCGGAGAGAAACAUUCAGGAAAUAAAGCAGCAGCAGAUCUGAGGCCUGUAAUCCAGACUUUACUGGAUUAUUCAUUCAAAACAUGGGAGUUAAACGCUGCUGCAGAUUACUGAUGAAACGACAGGAAGUCUGAUAAUCCUGCUGAUAAUCUCUGUAGUAAUCCAUCUGAUAAUCUAUCCGGGUCACCAUGUUGUAAUCAAACCGUCUCUGAUUUAUUCAGUCGUUAUCUGGCAUUGGGAUCAGAGUCUUCCAGGUUAGGGGUGGAGGUGAACGGCAUCGUGGGUAAUCUGCUUGCAGUGGAUGUGAUAUGAGAGCAGAUGCUGGGUGACCUUCAGGAUGACCUCUGAGACCUACAUCGGUUCUGCUGCUGAGGAACUGAAGGGAAUUUUGGUUUUAUUUAUUUUUUCUUUUGUUUUUUUUUUUUUUCCAGAAUUUAGUUUCUUCUCCAGUUUUUAUUCAGUUCGUCAGGACCUGUCCAGAGGUCGGGGGUCAUUAAAUCAAUCAACUUUGUAUUUUAUUGCUUAGUUUUAAGUCAGACCAGUUUACACAUACCAAAGAUUUAUUUAGUUCAGCUUUUAUUCUAAUUUGCUUAUGAAGCAACAAUCUAAUAUUUUGUCUAAAAAUAAUUUCUGGUCCAAAGAGCAGAAACCGGUUUUAGUUUCUGGUUCCGAGAUACAGAGUGAAGAACCGGCACCAGUGAACUGGUGGAGCUGGGAGAACCUGCUGGAAUAUUUCUGCAUCGUUUUUAUUUAAGACGUUUUCAAAAGACAGAAAAUCUGUUUCCAAUUGUAACAUUAAAAUGUUCAUAUGUUAAAGAUCUUGUGAUUUUACUCUAAACUGUACUCGGAAUGUUUAUGAAAUAUUAAAAUAUCUUUGUGAGAAGAGUUUA